AUGUUACUUCGUUCACUUCAUGAAGAGACCUUCUUCAUAUCGGGCGUGAUUGAAACACUGAGGUCAGCCUCACCAGGUCAUCCUCACCAAGUCACCCUCACCAGGUCAUCCUCAUCCUCACCAGGUCACCCUCACCAAGUCACCCUCACCAAGUCAUCCUCACCAGGUCAUCCUCACCAAGUCACCCUCACCAAGUCAUCCUCACCAGGUCAUCCUCACCAAGUCACCCCCACCAAGUCAUCCUCACCAGGUCACCCUCACCAAGUCACCCUCACCAAGUCAUCCUCACCAGGUCAUCCUCACCAAGUCACCCUCACCAAGUCAACCUCACCAGGCCACCCUCACCAAGUCACCCUCACCAGGGUACCCUCGCCAGGUCAUUUUCACCAAGUCACCCUCACCAAGUCACCUUCACCAACUUCCAUUCCUAGAGAUUCUCUUCAUGUCUGA